AUGACUAUCGAUACUAUCUUUAAGAAAAUAGGCACUUUAAUACUUUAGGUAAUGAUUACUGGUAAAUUUUCAAAAGGGGAAAAAUAACAGGGUGAGUUAAAAAGUGUAAAAUUAUGGAUUAAAAAAAUAAUUUAUAACCAGGUUUAAUAAUUGAGGGGAGAUUCAAAUUGCUCAAGAAGAUAGGGAGUGGUAGCUUUGGGAUUGUUUACUUAACUUAUGAUUUAGAGGAGAAGGAAUAUUGCGCAACGAAAUUUGAAAAUCCUUAUUUUAAAAUAGUUGAAAGCCAUCAAUGGUUUUCCAGAAUUAAUUCAUUAUGGCAAAGACAGCUAAUAUUAAUAUUACAUCUGUACAUUGUUGGGUGAGAAUUUAGAGGUCUUGUUAUAAAAGUGUGGUGGUAAAUUUACUUUAUAAACUGUCCUUCAGCUAUCCAUACAAUUGAUAGAUCGUUUGGAAGUGUUUCACAGCAUGAAUUUCAUUCACAGAGACAUCAAACCUGAGAAUUUCCUAAUUUCUAAGGAGGAUACGUCAUUGGUUUAUUUGAUUGAUUUUGGGUUGUCCAAAUACUACCGAGUAACUGAUGGUAGACAUAUAGAAUUUACUCAGAAAACAGGAGUAAUUGGAACCGCACGAUAUGCUAGUAUUAAUACAUUGCAAUGGAUGGAAUAAUCAAGGAGAGAUGAUCUUGAAAGUCUGGGUUACAUGUUGAUAUAUCUAGUAAAAGGAGAGUUGCCUUGGUCUAACGUAAAGGCUGCGGAUAAAGACGAUAAAUACGAGUAAAUUUUGUAGAUUAAAAUGGGGUUGUCCUUAAAUCAACUGUGCUUUAAUUUACCCAAAUGUUUUAUUCAUUACUUCCAACAUGUCAAAUCGCUGCUUUUUCAACAAUAACCUAAUUAUUCACACUUAAGGAAUUUAUUCGAGAAACAGUUACUUGAAUAUGAUCAUUAAUUAUAUGAUUGGGAAUUAAAAACAAUAGAGAAACAAUAAUAGUAAGAGUUAUAUAUUGAUCCGAAUUCAAUACCUGACAUUAGACUGCAGAAUGAAUUAGAUGUAGUUCCACCUGUAGAUGAGGAAGGCCAAGUAAUACGGUUAAAAUAAGAGCAUUAACAUCAUGUCAAAUUUAUGAAAGAAUUACAUGAAAAAUACUAUGAUCACAAUUCUUAUAAAUAGAAUUAGCAAAUUUAAUUGCAAAAAGUUACAUCUAUCGAACAUAUAAGUGAAGCCACAAGCAAAUAAAAUAAUUAUUAAACUAGCAAUCAUACUUUAAUCUAGAUUGAAUCUUAACCUCACAUUCUUAAUAGUGUUCCAUAAUUUUCCAAAAGAAAAGAUUCUAAAUCAUACACUUCAUUUAAAUAAAGCUAAGAGCAUAAGGAAAAUCGUAAGUUUCGAUAAUCAAAUGAUGACUAUGAUUUAGAGAUGGCUAAUGAAGAAGCAGCCAAUUUUGACUAAAAUAAUCUCGAAGUCAAUUACUUUUCAAAAUGA